AUGCUGUCUCUUGCUGGCGGUGUCGCGCUGCUGCUCCUCCCUGCCGCCUCAGCGCAGUUCGUGCCCGCGCCGACGGACCUGACAAAGAAGCUCGGGUACGCGGGCAUCAAUGUGCGCUACAAGGAAGUGCCGACGGGCAUCUGCGAGCUCGAUCCCAAUGUCAAGAGCUAUUCGGGCUACGCGGACGUGGCUGAGGACCAGCACAUUUUCUGGUGGUUCUUUGAGGCGCGCAACAAGGAUCCCACGACCGCGCCGUUGACGGUUUGGAUUAAUGGCGGGCCGGGCUCUUCUUCGAUGAUUGGUCUUUUUGAAGAGAAUGGGCCUUGCGGUAUCGACAAAGAUGGCAAUGUUUACAAUAACCCGUACUCGUGGAACAACGUCAGCAACAUGCUGUACAUCGACCAGCCCACGCAGGUCGGCUUCUCGUACUCGAUCCCUGUGCCGGGCUACACGUCCAGCCAAGACGACAUCAUCGUCCUUCCCAACGGGACCAGCUGCCCCAGCUACGCCGCCGACUGCGGCACCUACUCGUACCCGAACCUGACGCUGACGGCCAACGCCACGGACGCCGCCGCGCCAAACUUCUGGAAGACGCUGCAGGGCUUCAUGGGCGCGUUUCCGCAGUACUCGCGCCACGGCUUCCACUUCACCACUGAGAGCUAUGGCGGGCAUUACGGGCCUGUCUUCAAUGAAUACAUCGAGCAGCAAAACGCGCUCAACAUCACCGGCGCGCACAAGAUCCAGCUCGAGUCCGUGCUAAUUGGCAACGGGUGGUUCGAUCCACUCCUCCAAUACCAAGCCUAUUACAACUUCUCGAUCUCGCCCGGCCACACGUACGACACGCAGCCGUUCAACGCCUCCGUCGCCGAGCAAUGGUACAACAACCUGUACGGGCCAGGCAACUGCGUCGACCAAACCAAACACUGCUACGCCAGCGGCCUCGCAUCCGUGUGCAGCGCCGCCGACACUUUCUGCGCCAACGAAGUCGAGGGCCUGUAUUCCCUCUACUCCGGCAGAGACGAAUACGACUUCCGCGAACUCACCCCCGACCCCUUCCCCUACUCGCACUGGGUCCCUUACCUCAACACCCCCCACGUCCAGUCCGCCAUCGGCGCGUUCCAGAACUUUUCGUCCUUCUCCCCCGCCGUCUCCACCGCCUUCAGCGGCACGGGCGACGACGACCGCCGCAUGGGGACGAUCGAGGCCGUGCAGACCUUGCUCCGCCAAAACGUCUACGUGGUCCUCUACUUCGGCGACGCGGACUUCAACUGCAACUGGCUGGGCGGGCUGGCCGUCGCCGACGAGAUCGCCGCCCCUGGCUACGCGGAUGCCGGGUUUGCGGACCUGGUCACGAGCGACAACGUCACCCAUGGCCAGGUGCGCCAGGCCGCCAACUUCGCCUUCGUCCGCGUCUUCGAGAGCGGCCACGAGGUCCCGUUCUACCAGCCCCUGGCCUCGCUCGAGCUGUUUGAGCGCGCGCUCGCGGACAGAGACCUCGUUACUGGCAAGGAGGUCGUGGGCGAGGCGUAUCUGACGAAAGGCCCCAAGACGAGUGACUUCAGGGAGGGGAACCGCACCGUCCAGUUUAAGGUGCUGCCGGAGGGCGCGAGGUAUAAUACUUCGUUGGAUGCGCCGGACCCGGCGACGACGACGAUGGAGGGUGUGCAGGUGGGAGGGGGGAGGAAUGAAAGGGCGAGGAGGGCGUUUAAGCCUGCGAGGAGUGCGAGGCAGGCGAGGCUGGGGAGGGGUUAG